AUUUCUAGUCACACAAAAUCACAAUAAAAUAAAAUAAUAAUAAUAAUAAUAAUAAUUAAAGAAGUACUUUAACUACUCUCUACAAUGGUGGUUUCGGGAGGAGAAGAAUACCAUGGUACCAAGGUUGAUCAUUGUUUCGAAGUACAAGUGAGGGAGACAGAGGUGGUGGCAGCAGCUCUACCGAUGCAAGACCACUGGCUUCCUUUGUCCAACCUCGACCUGAUCUUGCCGGCGGUCGACGUGGGAGUUUUGUUUUGCUACACAAACAUUACAAGUGGUAGUCCCACAUCGACAACCAAUGAGUGUUUUGGGGCCAAGGUUUGGGCACUGAAGAAGGCCCUCGCACAAGCCUUGGUCACCUUCUACGCCUUCUCUGGCGAGCUGGUCAAGAACGCCGAAGGAGAGCCCGAGUUGCUCUGCAACAACGGCGGCGUCGACUUUUCUGUAGCCUCCGCUGACGUGGAGCUCUCUGACCUCGAUUUGUACAACCCAGAUGACUCCUUUGAGGGCAAAUUGGUUCCCGGCAAGAAGCGUGGCGUUCUGGCUGUCCAGGUAACUGAAUUGAAGUGUGGUGGGAUAGUGGUAGCAUGCACAUUUGACCACCGCAUAGCUGAUGCAUAUUCGGCUAACAUGUUCUUCAUUUCAUGGGCUCAAAUGGCUCAAUCUAAACGAUUAUCUCUUCGACCCUCUUUCCGCCGAUCUCUCCUCAACCCCCGCCGCCACCAAAUUACCCCCCACAACUACUCCUCCAUUGACGACAUGUACGUUCCUGUAACUGCUCUCCCUCCGCCUCCCUCAUCCACCGCUUCCGCCGCCGACCACCUCAUCAGCAGGAUCUACUAUGUCAAGGCCGAGCAGCUGGAGUGGCUCCAAGCCCAAGCUGAUACUGGAAACCUCGUCAAGCGCCCAACAAAGCUCGAAUCGUUCAGCGCUUACCUUUGGAAAAUGGUCGCCAAAUGCGCCGCCUCCGACCACCCAGGAAAGAUUUGCAAGAUGGGUUUAGUGGUGGACGGACGCCGGCGUCUGUGUCGGAAGAAAGCCGGUGCCGACGAGAUGGAAUCUUACUUUGGAAACGUUCUUUCGAUUCCAUUCGGAGGGAAGAUAGUGGAAGAUCUUGUUGAAAGGCCGCUAAGUUGGGUUGCCGGAGAAGUGCGUGAGUUUCUUGAAACGGCAGUGACGGAGGAGCAUUUCUUGGGGCUAAUUGACUGGGUGGAGGCUCACCGGCCGGUUCAGGGGCUGGCGAAGAUAUACUGCCAGGGAAGCCAAGAUGGGCCGGCGUUCGUGGUGUCAUCCGGGCAGCGUUUUCCGGUGAAGGAGAUUGAUUUCGGGUGGGGUGAACCGGUUUUCGGGUCGUACCAUUUCCCUUGGGGCGGAGAUUCGGGGUAUGUUAUGCCUAUGCCGAGCGCCGCCGGGAACGGUGAUUGGGUUGUUUACAUGCAUUUACUGAAGAAGCAAAUACAAGUCAUUGAAAAGGACGCUGCUGAUGUUUUUACUCCAUUCAAAUUUGAUUACGUCAUUAAUAUUAAAAAUAAGUAAUUAUUAAACAAAAAAAUUUAAUCAAUUAAUUAUGCCGUUUUGUUUUUAAUUACCUAUACAAAAUGAUGAAUAGGUGAUGAUCAAUUUG